AUGGUCGACUCAAACUUCUUCGUUGAUUUCAUGAUGGGUGGUGUUUCCGCUGCCGUUUCUAAAACCGCUGCUGCUCCAAUUGAAAGAGUCAAAUUGUUGAUUCAAAAUCAAGAUGAAAUGAUCAAACAAGGUAGAUUAGCCAAGAGAUACACUGGUAUCGUUGACUGUUUCAAGAGAACUGCUGCUGAUGAAGGUGUCAUUUCUUUCUGGAGAGGUAACACUGCUAACGUUAUCAGAUAUUUCCCAACUCAAGCUUUGAACUUUGCUUUCAAAGAUAAAUUCAAGGCCAUGUUUGGUUUCAAAAAAGAUGAAAACUAUUGGAAAUGGUUCGCUGGUAACUUGGCUUCUGGUGGUUUGGCUGGUGCCACCUCUUUGGCUUUUGUCUACUCUUUAGAUUAUGCUAGAACUAGAUUGGCUAACGAUGCUAAAUCUUCUAAAGGUGACGGUAAAAGAGAAUUCAACGGUUUAGUUGAUGUUUACAAAAAGACUUUGGCUUCCGAUGGUAUUGCUGGUUUGUACAGAGGUUUCGGUCCAUCUGUCAUUGGUAUUGUUGUUUACAGAGGUUUAUACUUUGGUUUGUACGAUUCCUUGAAACCAGUUGUUUUGGUUGGUCCAUUGGAAGGUUCUUUCUUGGCUUCUUUCUUGUUAGGUUGGGCUGUUACUACUGGUGCUUCUACUGCUUCUUACCCAUUAGAUACUGUUAGAAGAAGAAUGAUGAUGACUUCUGGUCAAGCCGUCAAAUACGAUGGUGCUUUGGACUGUUUCAGAAAAGUUGUCGCCGCCGAAGGUGUCGGUUCUUUGUUCAAAGGUUGUGGUGCUAACAUCUUGAGAGGUGUUGCCGGUGCUGGUGUCAUCUCCUUGUACGAUCAAUUGCAAGUUAUCUUGUUCGGUAAGAAAUUCAAAUAA